AGUACCGUAAAACAGUAAAAUUAAAUUUUUUUGUUUUGUUAACUUACUUCACUUGUUUUCCCCAUAUCAGGGUAAAAAUUUCAAAGAGUAUUAUGACAAAAUAAUAAUAUUAUAACUACUUACUCUGAAAGUACUAAAGGACGGAUUCUGUUAAGAAGGGAGAUUCGGAAAGGGAGAAAAAAUCAGCUCGAAACGCUAUUUCAUAUUCAUAUCUUUAUAAUAAAUUAUAAUAUUACUACAGUACUGAUCGCGCAAAAAUUGCACGAGGUUCUUAUUUUGUUUCCCCUGAUGCGAAGCAUGAUAAAAUUAUUAUUAGUUUAUGGUUGAUACCAUGAUCUCAGCCGAUGCGGAAUCAGCCAUCUGAUUGUUAGUUGGAAGUCAUGGUGACCAACAAGAUAAAGUCGUAGCACUCUCCUCAUGGACGGAGUUGCGAUGAAUGUCUCAUUAGACGCAGAAUGAACCCGACAAAGACAAAUCCCGAUUAUCCAGCUGAUCCGUUUGGAACACUUCCCUUACCGUCCAAUCCCGACGCUCAGCGAGCGGAUGCCCGAUCGCAGCCUGAGAGUGCUGCCAAGGACUGGCCGCAGUGGUUGUCACCCAAUGCGGGUUCUCGCGAGCAGAUUCCCAGCCCCAAUCCUUCGGGCUCUCUACCGCGUCCCUUCCCCUCGAUCGGUUCACCCAUACCAUCAUCCGUCGCCCAUUAUUCUCUGCCGCAGUCUUUUGCCAGCCAAAUAGGUCCCACAGCCCCUACUCCAUGGCCAGUAGUUUGGCGCGACCCGCUUCAUCCUCUCCGUCGGGCAUAUUGCCCCCUGCAUCGCAUUUAUCCUAUCCACGUGCGUGGAACCCGGGCAGUCCAGAAUCCGGACAACUGCCCCAAGUCACCUCCCUGGCGAUGCCCAAUGCGCCCCUGUAUUAUGCGCCCAAUUCGGCGUGGCCCGCGCGCAGCUUUGCCCCGACAAACCGAGCUUUCGCGCCCACCACACAUUUCCGUGCGGGUGCGCCCAUGAUAUCGCAGCAGAUUAUGCGACCGAGUAGCGAUCCACUGAGCGCAUGGAACGCUCCCACAGCGUACGCUUCUGCUCCAUCUUACGAAUCACAGGCGCAGUACUCGAUGGAGCACCCCUUGGAAGGCGCAGAAGGAUGGGCUACGCCACAGAUUGUGCGGCCGCGCGCUCUCAAUCCGCAGAGUGCGGAUGCGUUUCGACCGUAUUUCGCUGCCCCUCAACAGGACGGUAUAGCGAUUCGACCACCGAAUCCUGGGACGCCGACCUCCGUAAUUGUUGCUCCGAAAACGCCGCGUCCUGUGGGUCGUCCCAAAAAAUCCGCCGCCGGAGCAACGCCAGGGCCCCUUCCUGUGGCAGAGCCAGUGGUGGUUACGGUGCAGCCUCCUGCGACGACACCCGCACGAUCUCGGCCUCCUAGCACACGGCGGAAGAGCAAAUCGGUUUUGCUGCAGGAUCUCGAUACGGCGGGGGCUGUCACGGCUCCGCAAGAUGAAACUGCGACGGCUAAGAAGGCAAGAAAGAAAAAAGAGCAGAAAAGCGACACUGUGGAGCGAGCUGGAGAAGGCGAGACCAGUGGUUCACAGGAGAGCAUUCCAGUUGCGGAUGGUGAAAAGAAAAAGAAAAAAUAUUCCGCGAAAACACCGGCGAAAGCCAUACCGCCUCCUCCUGAUCUAGGAGCAGGUUAUGGGCUAAGAAACAAAUUGCCAGCUGGAAUUCUUUUUGAAGAAGGGGAACGGGUGGAAGCGAGUGACAGUACAAAUACAUGGUACAAGGCAAGAAUCGUCUCCGUUCGGAAAGACGUCGGGCAGGUGUAUGUCCAUUUCGAAGGAUGGAAUGCGCGCUAUGAUGAAUGGAUUCCCAUUUACGGCAAACGGAUCCGACAAGUUACUGAUGAGAAGUUCACCGAGCAUCAGGACCGGUACAAAAUUGGUGACAUUGUCGUCGCACGAUGGAAGGGCCAGGAGAAUAAGCCUAGUGUGAUAAUUGAAGGUCCGUCGGAACAAGAAUCAGACAAGUAUGUUGUACUGGCAUUUGAUGGUUCUAAACGGCUCCUGACAAGCAAAGCACUCCGGCGUAUGUCACCUGUUCUUCGUGACCGGUUUCAGGAGGAGUUGAAGCAAUUAAACGCUGUGUCAGCUAACGAACCAUUACUUCACCAUCGACGAGACAUUGACUCCGAGAGUUGUACGACGACAUAUUAUCAGCAGCCAAGUGAGCUUCCAUCUCGUUCGCACCACUUUCCGCCGGCAGCCAACAACGGUGCAGCUGCGUUGUCUCAGUCUGCACCAUCGCAACCAUCGUUGCCGCUUUCGCCAUCGCAGUCCGUUUAUCCGGUUCCAGUUAUUCACUCUUCACCAGCGGCUGGAUUUGUCGUCGGUGCUGAGGCAGCCACAACCGCCGAUAUGGUGGAAUCGCAGUAUGUGAAACCCAAACGGGAACCUAAGAAACCGCUAAAGUUCAAGGAUUCUGUUGUGGAAAUGGGCGCGAAGAAGAAGAAAAAGAAGAAGAGCGAAGAAGAAGGUGUGGAUAAUACGCGAUUGGAGAGCAUGGUGGCGCAAACAGAAGGUUUACAAACCGAUCAUACAGGUGCUGUGGUACCGGAACCAUGCGCUAAUGUUUCCAUCAGUGUAGCGCCUGCGCAGCCCGUUCUUCCGAUUCCCAAAAAGCACUCUCCGAGACUGGAUAUUUCGGGUGAAUCGAAAUCACUUGAACCAUCCGGAGCAUUUCGGCCAAUUAGUAUGGAUACGGUGUUCGAAAAUGAUACGGUGGUAGCGAGUUCUCGAUCUGGUUGGACGAACACUCAACAGUCUUUACCGGUUGGUGCCAGCUCACUGGUGCCUUCAUUGUUUACAUCAACCGCAAAAACGCCGGCUAUUCCGAAUUUCGAUCAGUUCCAACCGAACUUCCCGUUAACACAGGCAGUAGGCGGUCCACCUAACACUUCGGUGCUGCAGUCUAUGUUGAAUGAUGCGCAUCUGGAAAAUCAAAUGCUGAGUGCCAUGUCCGGUUUCGAUGCGACUUCUCCAAAAGGUGGUUGCUCCAAAUCUGCUCGACCGAAACAGAAGACCGUGGCACCAAAGGAAUUAGUUAUCCAGAUGGAUCAUAAUGAAUUUAAGUGCACCGUGGAAGACUGCAAUAAAUCAUUCCGAAAGCAGAAGCUUCUGAAAGAUCAUAUGAAACAUUACCACAACAUGACCGGUGAUCAGCUGAAUCUCAAAUCACCGCCCAGGAAACGUAAAGCCGAAGGCACCGGAGCGGAUUCUUCAGGUAAUGCUGCUUUCAGUGAUUUUGAUCCCAUCAACAUUCCUGGACCGCUCCCGGAGAUCCCAUUGGACGAUCCGAUUUUUGCAUCGAAUUUGGGUUUAUCGGAUAUUUCUGGAGAUGUACCCGUAUUUGAUGGAUAUUUUGCUAAUUCCACGUAUGCAGUUGAACGGAAAAGCCGGAGACGUGAUUCAUGGGACGAGUUUAGUGUAAAUGCAUCGGAGGAAAACGAUGACAGUGGUCGCAAAACCCGUCGCAAAAAGAAAGAGGAAAGCAGUGAUUCCGAAGAUGUCUUGCAAUAUAUCCAGCAGGAUCAUGAAUUAGUGCACUGCCGUUGUAAUUAUGAGCUGGAGAAUGGGUUUAUGGUGCAAUGUGAAUUAUGUGCUACAUGGCAGCAUGGUCAGUGUUACGACAUGGAAAGCUUGGAAGAUGUACCGAAACAUUACGUAUGCGAUUUCUGUCAGACACCGAAGAAGAUUCGAUUUAGCCAGCGAAAAGUCUGUCACGAUCUGCAGUACUUGCGAUCGGGACGAUUGCCCAUCUUCACGCCGUUACCGGAUGACGAUGAUCCCACUGAGUGGAGCGCAUUGUCGGGAGCGGGACAAAGUUCUAAUCGGUAUUUGUAUCGAAAGUUGGUAGCCGACACGGUGCAUUGUAGUGAGCAGCUGAAAGCUGUGAAGAGAAUUGAAAGGGCCAUCUUUGCCGUAGAAGAAGCACAAGUGAAAACCGAUAUUUUAGUCGACGGCUUGUGCAAGAACCGGACCGAACUCUCUAAACUCAACAAUUCGUUGUUGAAUAUUCCUGAAGAUCUGGUAAAAGGGAUGAAUUUCAAGGAUAUUUUGGAUAAAUUUGGUCAGGACAUUAGCGAUACAGACGACACCAAAAUAGAAAAAGAUGACAAGAUGAAUUUGGAAAAUAUUCCGGAAUUAUUUCCCAUGGUGAAAAUCAAUGGGGUGCAUGAAUGCAUCGACGAUGGGACUAGCGUUAGACGAGGGGGUAUAAAUCAUGACAUCGGUGAAUACAACGCAGAACAGGAUUGUUUGGCUUUAGACUCGCAGAAUGCGCUUACUGCUGAAGACCUCGAAGCAGAUAUUGACGACAAGGAUAAUACGUUAAUGCAGUUGAACGGACCUGCUUCGCCCCUGUUCUUACAUUCUCCGGAUUUGCGCGCAUCGCGCAGUCCGGAAAUUCCUGCCAUUCCUCCUCGAGUUUUGAGAUCGGGCGAAGAUGGGAGACGCUUGUCCGUUCCUGAUGGACGGAAUGGACUGCAUAUGCCUGGUGACGCAUCACAGUCUCCCUCAUCGUUCUCCGCACGAGCAUUCAUGGAGGAUCGACCGGACCGCCCUGAACGAUCCGAUGGUGUGUCGGAUGGUGAGGGAUUGCCGAGUGUUGGGGCCUCCUCUGAUGGCAGUGCCAUGGAUGAUCUAAUGGUGUUAGCACCGGAACUGGAUCCGGAAGUACUGGCACUUUGCAGCCAGUUCGGUGAAUUUGGCACAUUGAUUAAGGGAGUGCUAAGUCGAGGGGAGGCGACGGGAAAAUUGAUGGAAAAAAUCGCGAGUUCCAUUUUAGAAUUGGAAAAAGAGUGCGACGCUCGUUAUGGUACAAAUUUUGCCAAUACCCCCCAUCUAGCGGAGAAAGAAGCGGAAGAGUACAAACAGAAGCUGAUUAGGCAGCAAGGUGAUCUGCGCAACAUGGAGCGCUUGGCGUAUGUUAUUGACAUUGAAACGCAAGAGCGUGUACCGCAACAUCGACAGAUGCCUGGACCCCUGCCUAUCCCGCCGUAUCCGUCCUUGGCUUCGUCGCCGGCCAAACAGAAAGGAAAAUCAGCAAGCGGCAAGAGCAGAAAACCGAAAGAUCCAAAUGCACCAAAAAAACCUAGACCUAAUAAGAAAAAAUUGAAAACCGAAUCCAGCCCCACAGACGUCGAGGGAGUGUCUUCGACAUCCUUGCCCACACCAAAAACCCCAGAAUCUAUGGAGAUCAUGUAAUCAUGGUGCUUUUGUGCGUUUUAGUUAAUUCGUGGUUAUUUUUCCUCUUCAACUGUACCCUUUAUUAGCCACCUAACUGAUCGAAUAAAUUACGCUGUUGAGUAUUAUUAAAUUUAAAACAGCACUUUUGUGUACUGCAUAGUGAUGUACGGUUUCUUGUUUUUUCAUUUAUUCGAACCAGUUGGUUGUUUUUUUUGUUUGUGACAUUUUUUACCAAAAAUAUCGUAACACUAGAAAAAAUUCAGUAUCUGACGUGGAAUAAAUCGUUCCUGCAUUUU